AGGAUAAAGUUCUAUCCCCCCUGCUUUGGUAGCAUGGUAGCCCGACGACUUGCGAGCAAUGUCGAGCACUUUACGGUAGAACAGUUUAACAAGGAUCGAUAUCGUGUACCCUCCGUCCUUUCGCAGGCUGAUAUGAGAGUCCCCCACAUAUUAACCACUGCCAAUGAUGCUUGACUUCGAUGAUCUACAGGGAAUCCUGUCUUACGAUCAGCUAGCUCAUUGUGAGAUUACCAAAUACAGAAUUAACACAAAUGAAUGACCGGAUUUUAAAUAUUAAUUUUUUCAAAAUUGCCUCACUUAUUACAAUAAGCGGAACACUAAAUUAACGGAAAAUAUGCUAUUUACAAAUGUCCGAUGCUCGAUCCUUUUGUCACGUGGCGAACAACUAAACCCUAAUCAAGUUUUCCAUACAUUUUGUUGUUUAGGAAUGGCAAUGAUUCGUAAUUUUAUCCUUAAUCACGUGGCAACGAAGAUUAUCGGACCUUACACCAGGUGAUUUCAUUUAAUGAGCUACGUCAAACGCGUAGUUUUAGGAACCGCUGUUGCUGAAAAUACUGCAAGAGCUUUAAAAGCGCGUUUGUGUAGCUUUGGGAGCCAUUGGUGGUGUGAAGUUAUAAAAUGUGUGGGAUUAAUUUAGAUUCUUGUUGUCUAACAAAAAGGCUAAACAUUUAACAAUUUUUAGCUGUCGCAAACUUGAAAGUUUCAAUAUCCAGUGAAGAUCUGAUGGAUUCUUAUAACGUUUUACCGACCAGGGAUCAUGUGAAAACAACAUUUGGUUCGGUUUUAUCUUCAAUUGAAAGUUUAAGAAGUCUCAUAAAUGAAUGCCCGCUAUCUAAAGCACUUUCAACAAUUUACAAAACAUCUUUACCUUCACGUGAAUCUUUAUUAAGUAGUGUUUCGGAUCAAACGCUAAUUUCUCCAACAAGCAAUAAAACUUCUAAUGAGGACUAUAAUCAAAAAGAACUUCUUCCAAUAUCCAGUAAGGAUCUCACAGAUUCUAAGGAUUCUUUUUCGUUAAAAGAGGAUCAUGGAAUCUAUACGAGAACAGAGUCAGUUGAAUCAGAUUUUGCUUCGCUUGAAAGUUUAAGAAGUUUGGAAAAUGGUUGUCCGCUAUCUCUAGCACUGUCAACAAAUUAUAAUGCAACACCAUCUCGCGAAUCUUUAUUAAGUAGUGCUCCGGAUGAAACAUUAUUUUUUUCUGCAAGCAAUAGAACUUCUUGUGAGGACAAUAAUCAAAAGGGGCUUUUACAAAUUUCCAGUGAAGAUCCGAUAGAUUCUGAUAAUACUUCCUCGACUAAUGAGGAUCAUGGAAAUUAUGAAAGAAGAAGUAUAUUUGAAUUAGAUUUCGCUUCGGUUGAAACUUUAAGAAGUCUAAUAAAUGGUUGUCCGCUAUCUAAAUCACUGUCAACAAAUAAUAAAGUAAAUUCUUCCCUUGAAACUUUGUUGUGCAGUGUAUCGGAUCAAAUAUUACCCUCAAGCUAUAAAACUUCUGAUCUACGAAUUACAACUAUAAGCAAUAAAACUUUUUAUGAGGAUAAUAAUCAAGGACUUUUUCCAUUAAUCAGUGAAGAUCAGAUAGAUUCUAAAGAUGCUUUCUCUGCAAAUGAGGACCGCAAAUGGGAUACCGAUACAAUUAACUCGGAUUUUGCUUCGGUUGAAAGUUUCAGAAGUCUUGCAAAUGGUUGCCAGCCAUCUAAAUCUCUGGUAACAAAUAAUACUGCAGCUUCUUCUCGCAAAUGUUUAUCAAGCAAUAUGUCGGUUCGAAAAUUAAUUUUCCCAGCUAACAAUAAAAUUUCUUAUGAAUUCAAUCAAGAGGGAAUUUCACCCCACCAAGUUGCAUUUUCGUACCAGAAUACGCAUGAAAAUACCCCUGAAAUAUUGUUUACUUUAAGCCUCCCUAGUUAUAAUAGCAAUCCCCGAGAAAAGUAUAUUUUUGAUACAAAGUUAGAAUCUGAUGCUAUGAAUAAAACCAUAUCGUCGAUAUCCUAUGACGAUGGCAUUGAAAAAUUUUCGAAAACGGAAUACGAUUCUCAGAACAAAAAUCAACCCAAUUCGCAUAAAUUCAAAAACAUCAAUGUACCACGUUCUUUGCCGAAUAUUAGUCAUUUUUCAGAAGAAGAAAACGCAGUUUUUCGGGGGAAAUUAAGAUCUUUAAAAACAAUCUCGAAUGCAACGAAUUCACAAGAUCUGUUAAGUAACACUUUUCAAAACACGAAAUCAUUUUUGUCGCAGAGUAAUGAUCUUUUCUCAAACGAUGCAUAUGCAACUUCACCGGAAGAUACGAAAUCUAAAAAAGUAUUCCAAAAUGAAAUUAAACCAACAAGUCACUUCAACCAUGCUUUGAAAACUACAGAACAGAUUUCUUUUCAGGAUAAUCGAUUUCUUUUUUUAAAAGGUAGAGGCACACCAUCUCUGGAAAAGCCGAGACCUUUAGACAGAAUGUCAAUGCCGAGUAACACUGAGCCAUCAGGCCUCCCCAAUCUUGCUUUACGAACCAAAAACAAAGACAACUCAAAUGAAAUCAAAGGGGAAAAUACUAAAAAAAGCACGGUCAGCUUUAAAAGUACUGUUUCAAAAUCUAGUUGGAUUUCAAGAUUAAACGGAAUGGGAGAAGGGGAUCAACAGUACGUUUCAAAAUCGCAGCCUCACUUAGAUGAAGAUGAAUUGGAUCGCUUUGGUAACUUUGUUACCAAUCAGCUGCGGAAGUUGCCUCUAAAUAGCAUCGUUACCUGCGAAAAUGUAAUCGUUGAACUUUUGAUUAACGAGAGAAUGAAAGUUAUUACUGAGCUGGCAAGCACUAAAGUGCAGCAUUUGACAAGUUGCCAUGACCCUUGGUCUGAAAAUUGUGAUGAGAGCCUCAAUUAGUAAUAAGUUAAAUCACCAUGAAAUAUUAAUUUUAAAAAAGUAACAAUUUUUAAAUGCAGAAGUUUUU